AUGGAAAAGACAACCAUUCCACCGAGCCCGCCCAAAACCUUUGCCUCGGGCCACGGCAUCCUCUGCGCCGGGCUCCCCCGGAGCGGCACCGCCUCGCUGAGCAGAGCCCUCGAGAUGCUGGGCGUCGCGCCCGUGCACCACGUCAUGCAGCUCAACGACUGGCCGCAGCUGUACGCCUGGGGCCGGGCCGCGUGGUGCCAUUUCCCUUACCUGCGCGAGCGCCGCCUCUUGCGGGCCUUUUACCUGUCGCCCUACGACCCGCUGCUGCCGUGGUCGCGCGGCGACUGGGACCGCCUCGUCGGGCCGUACCGCGCCGUCACCGACGUUGCCGCCUACUUUGCGCCCGAAAUCUACCGCGCCUACCCCGAGGCCAAAGUCGUCCUCGUGGAGCGCCCCGUUGACGCGUGGCAACGGAGCUACGCCGCCGUCUUUACCGAUUCGUGGCUCUACGGCGUCUGGGACUUCGUCUGCUUCCGGCUGGCCGCUUGGGUCGGCAUGCCGUUCGUCGUUGGCAUCAGCGACGUCUACACCGGCUGGAUCGGUGCCCGUACCGCCGCCCAGGCCAGGAAGCGCCUCCGCGACCUGCACGCGGCGCACUACGCCAAGAUGCGCGCCAUCGUCCCGGCCGAGAACCUGCUCGACUUUCGGCUGGAGCAGGGUUGGGAGCCGCUCUGCAAGUUCCUAGACGUACCUGUGCCCGAUGCCCCCUUUCCUCACAUCAAUGAGCGCAGCGAGGUUCUCGAGUUCCGCAACGGCACCAUUGAGGCUGUCCUGACCUGCUUGGCCAUCCGUGUCGGCCUCAUUACUUUGGGCACAGCUGCACUGCUCGGGGCUGUCAAAAGCGCUUCCGUUUUCGGCGUCUUUACCGUGCUUGGAGGGUAUAAAGAUGUUCUUUUGCGCCAUCUCCUCAAAUGA